AUGGUGAGGUUGAUGGUGUGCCUGGACUCGUCGGAGGACGCUCACAAGGUGUUCGAACACUGCCUGACGGUGGUCGGGCGGCGCGAGAAGGAGAAGGAGCAUGAAGUGGUGCUGGUGGGCGUGGCCGAGGUCUACCACCGCAGCAACAUUCUCAACGUGCUUCGGGUCGACUUCGACUGCCAGAUACUCGACAAAGCCAACAAGUCCAUCAUCAAAGGCACCACAGAGAUGCUGGAGGACUUCAAGAAGGAGCUGGAGAGGCGAGGGGUGAAGGCCAGCGUGCUGGUGGAGGCGGGCGACCCGCGCGACACCUUGUGCGACGUGGCCGAGCGCGUGCGGCCCGAUCUGCUGGUGAUGGGCCACCGCCGCACCACGCUCGGUCUCGGCAGCGUCGCCCUCCACUGCAUCGAACACGCUCCCUCGCCCGUCUUCAUUGUACGCGUCUGA